CAAGGGAAGUGGACCCAUCUCAACAACUGUCGUACAGUUCAGGAAUGGUAAGAAUGCAUAGAUACAGUUAAAACAGGUAUUGAAUAUGACAAAAUAAUUAAUCUACAAACCCAUCUUUGAAGAUGAGGUGCUCAAUUCACUAACCUCCAAUCAUGAGAAAAUUAGAGAUGGAAUUUGUCCCCACAUCCCCCUUUUUCUCUCUCUUCGUUGAACAUUAUGCACAAAGUGGUCAAAAAUCUUUAGCCUUAAAAAGAGAUGGAACCACAAUUCUCAGCUUUAUUAAUUGUCCUUGUUACCAAACAAUAUGACUUCUUUCCAUCUUCAAAAACCUUUUAUUAUGCUGUAACACAAUUUGUGGCUGCUUGGGAGUUUCAAUAUUGAGACUGGAAGUGGUAGCAUAAAACUGAGAUGGGAAACUUGAAAGUAACAGUUGGGAGUCUAAAGAGUGACCAUUCUUGCACCAAGCAAGAACCCUUAUCACCAAAUGAGUCCGUUUCUGAGUUAAAGAAGAAUUCUUCAUUAUCUGACUUUGAAACUCCCAAUAGCUUAAUAGCCACAAGCCUAACUAGUUUGACCCCCGGAACGAGCUUAACCAGCUUGACUCCAAGUAUUCCAGCUCUCCCAUUUGAAGUGGAUUGGGAUGUUGAAAUUCAAUCCCCUGAUUAUCCAAUGUGGGAGUCUAUUUUCUCUGAUCAGUUGGAAGGUGAUUUUAUGAUUUCCUCUCCAGUGAGGAACAUAAACUCACCACAGGCAAGCAACAUCAAUUCCAACUAUAUUCAUGCAAUGAAUGGGCAGGGUAUUAUGGGGUGGUCUCCUCGCAUAUCGUCUUCUCUGGGGAGUAUGCAGAAAUUCAAGGGAAUGAUCCCUCUUCACAGGGUUUUCAACUCUCCAAACAACCAAUUUAUGCAGGUAGAGAGUCUUUCCCUGCCUGCACUAGAGAGCCUAUUGGAUGAUAAUAACCAUGAGAAGGUCGAUGAUUUCAUAGAUUUCUCCCCUAUGAAGAUUAGCGAAGGAGAAACUUCAUUUGAUUGUUUUGAUGCGCUUACAAGCGUUCCAGAAUUGUUUGACUGCUUAACACUGCCAAACUCAACUAGAUUUUGUGGAUCAUUAGCGAAUGACACAACCAUCCAUGGAAGUUCACAGGUGACUAGAACCAAUGGCAUUUAUUAUCAGACUGGAUCGAUUCAGCCUGCACCAUUAUCACAGCAAUUAAAAGAGGAAAGGCAGCAAGAAGAGCAACUAGGAUACCAUCAGCAACAGCAGCAAGAACAAACACCGCCGUCACAAAGAACACAACGACUGCUGCAUCAGGAGCAACAGCUACAAAAUUUACACAACUUAAUAGUGCCUAUUUCAAUGGGACCUGAACAGGAACAAGACAAUGGGCUUCAUCUUGUGCACCUACUUCUUGCUUGUGCUGAAGCAGUAUCCAAGGAGGAGUAUAUGUCAGCUAGGAGGUAUCUCCACCUUCUGAAUCGAGUGGUUUCGCCCCUCGGUGACUCCAUGCAACGUGUAGCAGCUUGUUUCACUGAAGCCUUAAGAGGAAGGCUUGCAUCAAUCCCCAUAAAUAAAUCUAGCACCUCCAAUCCAAAACCCUUCAAUCCUUUUCCUCCCAACUCAAUAGAAAUCCUCAAGAUUUAUCAGAUUCUUUAUCAAGCCUGUCCCUACAUUAAAUUUGCUCAUUUUACUGCAAAUCAAGCAAUAUUUGAAGCAUUUGAAGCUGAAGACCGCGUCCAUGUAAUGGAUCUCGAUAUUCUCCAGGGGUACCAAUGGCCCGCCUUCAUUCAAGCCCAAGCAGCCAGGCCCGGUGGUGCCCCAUUUCUCCGUAUCACUGGAGUUGGACCCUUCCCCGAGGCGGUUAGAGAGACUGGUAGAUGUUUGACCGAACUAGCUCAAUCCCUCCAUGUUCCAUUCGAAUUCCAUCCCGUUGUUGAGCAACUUGAAGACCUAAAACCACACAUGUUCAACAGAAGAGUCGGUGAAGCUCUGGCAGUUAACUCAGUUAACCGGCUCCAUCGUGUUCCUGGACAUGCUCUUGGAAAUCUUAUAGCCUUGAUCAGGGAUCAAGCACCAAAUAUAGUCACCAUUGUUGAACAAGAAGCAAGCCACAAUGGACCUUACUUCUUGGGCCGAUUCCUAGAGGCAUUGCACUGUUAUUCAGCAAUCUUCGAUUCGUUGGAUGCAACCUUCCCACCAGAUUCCGUGCAGAGGGUGAAAGUGGAGCAACACAUAUUCGCACCGGAGAUUUGGAACAUUGUGGCAUGUGAGGGACCAGAGAGAGUAAAGAGACAUGAAAGGCUGGAAAAAUGGAGGAAACUGAUGGAAGGAAAGGGAUUUGAAGGGAUGCCACUGAGUGCAAAUGCAGUGACUCAAUCGAAAAUAUUAUUGGGAUUGUAUUUUUGCGAUGGAUAUAGGUUAACAGAAGACAAGGGCUGCUUGCUAUUGGGUUGGCAGGAUAGAACCAUUCUGGCUGCUUCUGCAUGGAGAUGCUAAUUCAUAUUAUGUGUACGUGUUUCUU